AUGGGCGAAGACAUCGAGAAGGAACACCUCGGCAACAACAGAGCCGGUGGAGAAAAAGCGAGUGAUGUGGACAGGUACCAGUUUCCGAGUGCAUUCCCAUCGCUGUUGACAGACUUCUUGGGAAAUGUCUCGGGACUUAUACUGCGAGAUGUGAAUAUCGGAGUGUCGGAUUUGCGCGGCAUGAUCUAUGAGAAAG